CGUCAACCACACUCUUGCCUCACGAACGAAACAAUCGACCAAACAUGGCCUCUCAUGAUUCGAAGUCGCAAUAUGCUGCCGCAGCUCACGUACCCCUCAUACAAUCCCCCAGCUUGCGUGUCCCGAAACCGGUAGAACUUCCACCAGACAUCCAUCCUCUACCAGACAACGUGAACGCCUAUUUCGUCUACCCCUUCACCCUCGAACCCCACGUCCUAACCCUCGAAACCUCCCGUCGCCAAACUCUGUCCUCGCACGCCGCACGCCGGACAAACUACCUCCAUCUGCGCGAAGAAGACAAGAUGCGUCGGCAGAGAGAAAGGGAAGAGGCGGAGCAGAAGCGUAAGAUGGAGGCGUUGCGGAAGAUCGCACCCGGGUUUGAGCCGAGUGGGGGGCCGUUGGUACCUAGUCCGAAAGGCAAGGAUGGGAGGGGUGGGGAAGGAGGAGGAGGACAGGGAGAGGGUGGUACGAGGGUGAAGGAUGUGAUGGAGGAUUUGGUGGAUCGGUUGGCUGCUAUGGAUUCGUGA